AGAAAAGAAAGAAAAGAAAAAGGAGUUAGAGGCAUUAAAUAAGAAGAGGAGAAAUGGAACAGGAAAAGAAAAGAAGGCCAAGCAGAGGAAGAAAAGAAUAGAAGGGAGAAGAGAGAAAGAAUUGCAAUGGAUGUGAUAAAGACGCAGCAAAUCUCGUCGCGACCAAUCGAGAAGGUGGUAGUUCACCCGCUCGUCUUGCUUAGCAUCGUCGACAACUACAACAGAGUCGCCAAAGACACUCGCAAACGCGUCGUCGGCGUCUUGCUCGGUUCCUCCUUCAAAGGCACCGUCGACGUCACCAACAGCUACGCCGUGCCCUUUGAAGAAGAUGACAAGGAUCCAAGCAUCUGGUUUCUUGACCACAAUUACCACGAAUCCAUGUUUUCCAUGUUUAAAAGAAUAAAUGCAAAGGAGCAUGUCGUCGGGUGGUAUAGCACAGGUCCAAAACUGCGUGAAAAUGACCUUGACAUUCAUGGCUUAUUUAAUGACUAUGUUCCAAAUCCUGUUUUGGUCAUAAUUGAUGUUGAACCUAAGGAAUUGGGAAUCCCAACAAAAGCAUAUUAUGCUGUUGAAGAGGUUAAAGAGAAUGCUACUCAAAAAAGUCAAAAGGUCUUUGUGCACGUGCCAUCAGAGAUUGCUGCUCAUGAAGUUGAGGAAAUAGGAGUGGAACACUUGCUUAGAGAUGUGAAGGAUACAACCAUUAGCACCCUUGCGACAGAGGUAAGUGCAAAACUCACAGCCUUGAAGGGUUUGGAUGCAAGGCUUAAAGAGAUAAGGAGUUACCUUGACCUUGUUAUUGAUGGAAAGCUUCCAUUAAACCAUGAGAUCCUGUACCAUCUGCAGGACGUGUUUAACCUGCUACCAAAUCUUAAUGUUGCUGAUCUUAUCAAGGCUUUCGCAGUGAAAACAAAUGAUAUGAUGCUAGUAAUAUACCUCUCAUCUCUCAUCAGAAGUGUAAUAGCACUCCACAACUUGAUUAACAACAAGAUGCUUAACAAAGAGCAUGAACGGGCAGAAGACUCAAAAUCAGUUACAGUACCGAGUGCAGCUGCGUAAGUUUUGAGGGUUGUGAUAGCUUGGAGGAU